AUAUACUCCCCAGCCCACGUUACGUCAACCGCCCUCAGCCCCCUCCAGCGCUCGCCACCCUUCCAACCUUCCAACCCGAGAGCACAGACCAUGCUCCCCCAUGCUCAACUCUCUGCUUCCCUUCUCCGCUGCACCAGAGCGACAGCGACGCAUUUCGUCCCUCGCCCCGCCACAAGGAGUCUUGUCGAUACAGCUCCUGCCACCAGCGUGGCCGAACUGGCUCGUCGAGCGUCUAAGCAUCUUACAAGUCGAAGAGAUGCCGCAUCCUCUCUAGAACAAUCUAAUGAACCAACUACCUCUAGUGGUGAAGCCCCGAAAGCGGGUCAAUCACUUGGGCAGCAGGGUAGGGUUGACCUCGCUGUAGACCUCAGUUCAUUUUCUUCGGGUUUAGAGUACCGCAGACGGCUGAGGACCAAGGCCCCACAACUAAAAAUCAACAACACUUCAAAAAAUAGCUUAGAACUGUCUGAAAGCAAAGUGGGACAAAAAGCACAUAGGAAGCGCAGGCUUUCCUUAAAGACAUCGGCUGGUCAUGUCAGGAAUCAGACGUCGGACGAGAGUCCAGAUCUAUCGACCAACAGUGUUAAUCAGGGGAUUGAAAAUUCUGAUUUCGAACUGCCUAUUGAUUCAUACCCAUCAGGAGGAGAGGUAGCUGACGCACUCUCUGAAGGCACGAGCAAAUCAGUAAUCGAAUCUGAGGAAGUAGAACCUAUUGAAUCAGGGUCUUUAUCAGCCAGUAGAAUCCCUGUAGGAGAAGUGAACCCCCCCCGGGAAAUGAAAGUAGCUCGGUUACGAAAAGGCCUCAAUAGAGUGUUAUUCAGUCCGGGCAUUCACCAGCUACGCGAUCCUCGGACAGGGGUUUGGAACUUUGAUGCCAGUUUGAAUGACAUUCCACAACCCCAAGACUUUGCUUUCCAUCGAUGCCCUUCAUAUAUCACCCCAUCGCAGGAUAAAGAAUUACUUGACCUCGCGCAGAAGUAUGCGUGUCGAUUCUUGGGCUCUACUUCUACUGUGUCCAAAUCACUAAGCCAAAUUUAUUUCGCCCUGAGCGGCGGUAGAGGUAUUGAUACUUCGAUAUUAAGCCAGGAUUUCUCAACGGAAAGAUCUGAUUUUACCCGAGGCGCAGAGUUGCCAGCAUCCAUCGUCUUAAAUCGAUUAGGUAAACGCACUUACUCUGUGGACAAUGACAAGACGUAUGAUGUGGACAACAUUCUCAGUGAUUUUGGCCACAUUCUGGAGAAGAUGCUCACCUCCGAAGCAAAAGAUUUAAAACGCUUCCUUCUCUCAAGUCCCGAAGAAUCGGUUUCAGACGCGGAAAGAACAGAAAGAGAAGCCUAUCAUUACAAAAAAAUUGGCUCCAUGCUCCUCCGUUCUCAACUGGAUUGCUAUCACCCUGACUUGCCGGGCUCUGGUGUUUUUGAUAUCAAGACCAGAGCGUGCUUCCCUAUUCGUUAUGAUUCCGCAAACUACCUUGCCAACUCUGUCUAUGAUAUCUUCAAGGACCGAGGGUACACCGGAUCUUACGAGAGAGAGUACUAUGAUCUCAUGCGUGCAGUCAUGCUGAAAUAUAGCUUUCAAGUUCGCAUUGGUGGCAUGGAUGGCAUCUUCCUUGCUUAUCACAACACUUCUCGCAUCUUCGGCUUCCAAUAUGUCCCUCUGACUGAAAUUGAUCAAAGGAUUUUCGGAUCAAGCGAGAUGGCCGAUGCGGCUUUCAAGAUCUCUGUGACCGUUCUACAGAAGUUGUUAGACCUCAGUGUUAAAGCGUUUUCUGGUGUCGACGUAAAGAUGAUCAUCAAACACACUCCUAAUAUUGAUCAAAACAGUGUGACGGCAUAUGUAGAGCCCAAACACUGGAAAGAUGAAAAAGGACCGCCUCCUGUUCAGGCAAUCACGAUCACCAUGGAGAACUUCCUUGAUGGUCAACCUGUUCAGGGCCAAAUUCCCGCCUUCGUCAUCGAUGAACGUACUCGAAAAGUACCCGAAUGGACUGUCAAGUACUCUGUAAUCAAGACGGAGAUGGACGAGAAUGGCCAGCUAGAAGCUCGCAAGGGUGCUCAGAGUCUUCGGAAGAAGUUGAUCGACAUGGCAUCAUUGUAUAUCCCUGAAGGCCAUACUGUUGAGAGCAUGACUCGUUAUUACGAGGCUAGGCGGCAAGCAAUUGAGGCAGGCCGUCAUGCAGCAACGGCGUCUCUCACCGACCUACCAGAACCUACCGAUGACAUCGGCAACGAUGUCAAAGAUGUAGAGAGUGAUACUCAGAAUGAAGAAAGCCUGGUCCCUGCUUCUGCUGAAGAGGAAGCCGUUAAAUCUGGCGAUCAGUUAAUGACUAUCCAAUGGAAGAAACCUGGGAAACACACGUUGAAGUUGAGGAGGGAGGCUAAGGAGAGUGGAAAGGCAUAUGAGAAGAGGAAAAAAGCUUGGAGAUCUGCUCAUAGAAAGCCGUAAAGGUGCUUGUUGCCACGCAUAACGUAUAUAAUACAUACAAAUAUAAAUAUAGAGCCCCAAGAUACCCAGCAUCUGUAUAUCAUGCCAUUGUAUGCAGCUCACUUCUUAU